AUGUCUAAUACGACUUCAACGUCUUCUUCCGCAUCGUCUUCACCCAAGAGUCCACUAUCUCCGGUUCUUUCGCCGAAGUCUUCCAAUUUUAGAGGACGCUCAUCAUUUGUUCAUAAUCCACAUUCUACUGGAAACCAUCCUGCAGUUCAUCGUUCGCUGACCUCUUUCCCUUAUUCAAAGCCUUCACCGACCAUUAAGGAGGAGCCAUGCACUUCUCUUAAAAAUAUACCCGCUGUCGCGGGUAUUGGAGGCCUUGUCAGUAUGACGGCAAUAUCCGGUGCUAAUUCCGCGGCUGACAUCGCAGGGGCCAACAGGCCAACUUUGUCUAGCGGUUCCGUCGGAUCUUCCGGAUCUUCCGGCUCUUCCGGUUGUACUUCUUCAACUGAAUCUCCUUCUUCCAAUAGCUCGUCUGGAAACAUACCAGCAAGCUCGCUUUCUUGUCCGUCUUUCGCCUCGGCAGGAAAGCCUUGUAUCGAACAGGCGUGUGAUUCGUGCCGAAAAAGGAAACUAAAGUGUUCCAAGGAGUACCCUAAAUGCUCCAAGUGCGUCACUCACGCAUGGGACUGUGUCUACUCGCCUAGAACGAUUAGAUCCCCCCUCACGCGUGCUUACCUCACCAAAGUUGAGAGCAGAGUGAGGCAGUUGGAGUCUCUGCUCCGUCAAGUCAUUCCCGAUAAAGAUGCCGAUUCUUUAAUUACCAGUUGUCAAAAUGGUACCAUCUCCAGUGUUAUUUCCAACAGUAUCAGAUCCUCCGGUCAUGCCUCUUCAUCAAAGUCUUCAUCAUCUCAGGCUCCUUCAUCUUCAGUCUCUCACAUCAGCUUACACAACUCUUCAUCUAUAGUAGCUACUGCCGGUGUUUCAGGAACCAAUAGUUCCGGUACUUCUAGUGGUGCUUCUUCUUUACCAAAUUUAUCGAGACUCAUGGAUCAAUAUCUUGCUACCAAUGAACCUCGAGGCUAUGAUUGGUGUGAAUCUGCUACCAAAAACGACUUUCCAGCAUCAGCUACAACGAUACCUUCGGCAUCAUCGGGCGCCGGUUUUGUACCAGGUUUUGGCUUAAGUCAUGUGCCUCAAUCCGCUCUUGAGUCUGCUAUUUUCUCUGGUUCCUCAUCUGUUUCUGGCUCUUCUAGUUCGUCUCCAUCUUUGAUGGCAGGAAAAUCUUCAAUCGAUUCUAUGGCUACUGCGGUUGCUGUUGCAAAUUCUAAUCUUCCGCUGGUUGACAGUCCUGCAAAAGCUUACGGCUCCGGUUUCUAUGGUUCUCCAUCCUUUAAUGCCCUGCUCAGAGUGCUCGCACCUGAUGUCGACUUAGAUUCUUCUCUUCUCUCUUCAGACGAGACGCUCACUUUGGAUGUCGCAACGAUCAACAAUUCCGCCUUUUUGGACUCUAGACCAGCUCGGGAACAAUUUCUUACUGGCUAUUUCAAGUAUUAUCAUGCUUCUUAUCCGUUCAUCCAUAAGGAGACCUUCAUAAGGUUCUAUAAUGGUGAUCUGCGACCCAAGAAUAGCAACCAUUGGCAGGCUCUCCUUAACACGGUUCUUGCUAUCGGCUGUUGGUGUCUGUAUGGUGAUUCUAAGAAUUGGGACUUAAUCUACUACGAAAGAGCACGCCAGUCUUUGGGUAGUGGUGCUUUGGAAAAUGGUAACUUCUUAUUAUUAAAUGCAGAGUUACUUCUUUCCAACUAUUGCAUGAAGCGCAGCAAGCCGAACUCCGGUUGGAUGUACUUGGGAAUGGCUUCUAGAAUGGCAUCUUCUCUGGGACUUUACCGUGAGUUUGAGCCUUCAGAUAGUAAGAGAGAUGCGCUGGACUUGGAAAUUCGCAGAAGACUCUAUUGGGGCCUUUACAUCUUUGAUGUGGACAUGUCGUUGUCACUUGGUCGUCCACUCUCGGUUGCCUAUGAUUCGUCAAAUGUUCUGAUGAUGUCCAACAUCAAUGAUGAUGAGCUCAAUCAGUUGAUUCACGAUCCGAACUUGCCUAGGUUGACUGAUAAGAUGUUCAAUAAGGACUAUCCUACAAUCUAUACUGCUACUAUUUGGCAGACUAGACUUGCAAUGCUUGUGGCUCCAUUCUAUAGCAGAACUCUUGGUUCCAAUCCUCCUUCUUUACCAGAGACGUUAGCUCUAAACUCACGUAUUUCGGGCUUUGUCAAUGAAGAUUUACCUGCAUAUUUCCACGAGAAUGAUACCAUUGCCAAGUCACAGUUCUUCAAAGUUGUUCCAAAGUACCUGUACACAACAGAUGAUACUAGGUUACCUCAAUGGUUUAAUUUGGCCCGGUACAGGCUUAUCUGGAGAUACAAGAAUGUUCAGAUUGCUCUAUUCAGGCCAUAUAUCUUUCAUCAGUUGACCAAGCAGGACUUAAGUGGCUUUAGAAAGGAUGAUUUGAAACAGGCACGUCGCAUCUGUAUUAAGGCAGCCCAGGAGACCAUCCAGUCGGUGGAAAGAUUCAUCAGUGAAGAAGCAAUUGCUUCUGACUCUGGUGCCAAUUCCACUGCAGCUACCAGACUUUCUCCAAUCGCUGUCUGGUACGCAGUUUAUUUCCUAGUUCAGGCUGUUCUGAUUCCUUUGGCUUGUCUUCGUACCGAUUCUACAUCUCAUCAGGCCUCUAGCUUGCGUGAAUAUGCUGUCAGAGCUCGCACUUUACUUGGCAAGAUGCCUCACUAUGCCAGUUCUGUUAGAAAGUAUAUUGCAGUGAUCGACACUGUCCUUUCUCGGACUGGUAAGAAGUCUUCGCAGUCUAAGUCUCGUCGCUCUACCAUUUCGUCUCAACAGCAACAGCAGCCAGGGUUGCGUGAUGACCUUCCUUCGUCUACAGCCUCGCUCUUUGGCAACUAUACUAGUCCACGACAGCAACAGCUCAGGCGCUUGAAGCAACAACAACAGAAGAUUGCCUCUCCUACUCUUCAGUCCACGUCUGUUCCUACUUCUGUCAAGACAGAACCUCUUUUCUACGACCUUAUUCAGACGGAGAACACCUCAACCUGUAAUACUACUCCUCUCACUACUCCUGCUGGCUCUGAGCUCAACUUGGCCAAGUUUAUUCAAGAGGAGAUGCAGUACCAGGAGCAGCAGCAGCCACAAUUACCUCAGAGGCAGCAGCAGCAGCAACAACAACAACAACAACAGCAACAGCAGCAGCAGCAACAGCAACAGCAACAGCAACAGCAACAGCAACAACAACAACAGCAACAACAGCAACAGCAACAGCAGCAGCAGCAACAGCAACAACAGCAGCAACAGCAGCAGCAAAAGAUGCCACAGCAGAUGCAACAGAUGCAACAACAACAGCAGCAAAAGAUGCCACAACAGCAGCAGCAGAUGCAACAGAUGCAACAACAACAGCCUGCUUCCCAAGUUACCGCUGUUCCCCAGCUUCCAUCGUCUACAAGACCUGCUACAUAUGCAUCUGCCCAGCAGCCGGUUUUCAAACCCGACCUUUUGAGCCCUGAAUUUGGUCCCGUUGUGCCCAAGAGUCCUUCCAGACGAAGUUCUGGUAAAGACGAGAUGAUCAAUGAUAUUUAUUCGUUAAUCUUUGACGAGUUCACUGAUCCUGUUGCUUUUGGAGUCGACGAGCAGUCGCAGCCUCCUCAGACCCAACCUCAGCAGUUCACCGAUAAUGACCUCAUGCUGUAA